AUGCCGGCCGGUGGCGGCGGCGGCGGCGGCGGCGGCGGCGUCGGGUUGCGCCCGGGCCAGGGCAAGCAGGCCCGCAUGCGCCGCUCGGGUUUCCGCCGAAACCUAAAACAGUCGUGGGACCGCCGCGGGCUGCUGGCGCCCUCUCCGCCGCCAUGGCACCGCCCGGAAUGCGGGGCUCCCGGCCGCCUCUUUGUCAUCAAUGGCGCGCUACACUGGCCUGAAGUUGCCCGGAGCAGAAGAACGUCUCCGAACUGUGGCUCUAGUCGAGAACGGCGACACCCUGCGGAAUCUCAUGAUUAUACGGUCACGGGGGAGCAGGUGUGGCGAGGGAGCUGGCUGGCGGCUACGGCUGGCCGGUGCGAGGCACGCGCGCCUCCAGAUAACGGCCGUAUUUACUGGCUGGGCGCCGCUGAUAAGGCCGCCUCUGCAGCGCCUACGGCUCCGCUGGCGCCGCCACCGCCGCCUCCACGUGACAGUGCCGGGCCGCACCGCGCCGCGAGACCGACGCCGCUGGCUGCCGCGUAG